GUGAGCAAAAACAAAAAAGAAUGGGUCCUGGCUGAGCUUAUACGGUCUGCGGCGCUGCGCAUUGUGCCCGGGUCCCCUUCCAGGAGAUGCAGAGCAGUGAUGGGACCUAAGGUCGGGCUGUGGACUCACGGGUGGAACCUCGGCCUCCUGCUGUUGGCCCUCAUCCACAGGGCAACGUCGGGGGACUGUAAGGGACAACGCACCGUGCUGCGCAACGCCCCUGGAUACGUGAGCGACGGGCCCGGGAACUACUCCGUCAAUGGGAACUGCGAAUGGCUGAUCGAAGCGCCGAGCAGCAGUUAUCGAGUGCUGCUCAGCUUCUUGUUCAUGGACACGGAAUGCACGUACGAUUACCUGUUUGUGUACGAUGGAGACUCCUACAGCGACCGACUUCUGGCAAGUCUCAGCGGGAGCAGCUUGCCGCCAACCCUGGAGGCCACGUCUGGGAAGAUGCUCCUUCAUCUCUUCAGCGACGCGAACUAUAACCUGCUGGGCUUCAACGCCACGUACUUCUUCUCCCUCUGUCCGCAAGGCUGCUUUGGCCACGGCUUGUGCCAGGAGAACCGGCAGUGUUUGUGUGACGCAGGCUGGAGUGGAGAGGGGUGCCAAGUCCCCGACUGCCGAUCCUACUGCAACACCCAACAUGGAACCUGCAACAAGGAGACCCAGCGGUGUGUAUGCUCUCCAGGUUAUGUUGGGGAGAAAUGUGACCUGUCAUUGACCGAUAAUCAGGGGGCUGGGACAUGGUACAACGUGAGCAGGCUGGACCCCUUAUUCUCCCCUCGCACGGCAGCUGCUGGCACCUAUCUGGCCUCCACGAAUGCUUUAUACAUCUUUGGAGGUCUUGACUUGAACUCUGCUUUGGGAGACCUAGUUAUUUAUAACUUCACGUCUAACACAUGGGAGAGCCGAACAUACAGCCCUGGCCCGGCCGCUCGCCAUUCCCACGUGGUGGUUGCGUGGAACGACACACUCAUUUUAUUUGGUGGGGAGCUCUCUGGGGGAAGCCUGACCGGGGAUGUCUGGGUGUUUCUACCUUUGGAAGAACGUUGGAUGGAGCUCACACCCCACAGCCCUUUCCACCCACCACCCUUGGCUAACCAUGCCGCAGACAUGGUGGAUCACUGGCUGUAUGUUUUCGGAGGCCGCACGUCUCGGGAUGUUUUUUCCUCGCAGAUGUUCCGCCUGAACCUUUACUCCUGGGAGUGGGAGCAGGUUUUCCCUGGCGGAGGGAAGCCUCCAUCAGCCGCCGGCCACUCUAUGGUGUUCCAUGCUGCAUCACGUUCUCUGGUGGUCUAUGGAGGACACCGGCCCUCCACUGCACGAUUCAGCAUGCGUGUCAACACUACGGAUCUGUUCCAUGUGGAUCUAAAUUACUGGACCACACUGAGACCACGCGAUGGUAGCCGUGGACCUCGAGAGAGAGCCUUCCACAGCGCCACCAUCAUCGGAAACUACAUGGUGAUAUUUGGAGGAAACCUUCAUAUCCACUACCAGGAAGAGAAAUGUUAUGAUGAGGAAAUCUUCUUCUACCAUCUUGGCUGCCACCAGUGGGUUCCCAACCAGGUCAUGAGCCAACUCACUCGUACUUAUCAAGAGCGGCAGGCUUCAAGCAGGGGCCGGUACUCCCAUGUCGCUGCCCUGAUGAAGGGUGGUGUUCUCUUGGUGGCUGGGGGAUACAGUGGUACGCCCCGAGGGGAUCUCCUUGCCUUUAAAGUUCCCAUGUCUGUGUACCAGACCCCUGUGCAGGAUUAUCACCUGGAUCACUGCUCCAUGUACGAUAGUGAAUUCUGCUCCAAGGAUCCAGAAUGCUCCUGGUGUGAGACCAGCUGCCAGACGUCCCAGCGUAAUAAACACUGUCCUGAUAAAAGCUGUUUGGGACUGGCCCGGCUCCUCUCCGACUGUCAGGCCUGCUUAGCAUUCAGCACCAACGUGACCACCUCGUCUCACAUCCCCCGAGCGUUCGGGUGGUGUGUCCAAAAUGAGACUUGCAUGCCAUUGUCUGAGCGCUCGACGUGCCGGGUUGGCCAGAUUUCGGGGACGUAUGGCUGGUGGGGUCCGGUCACCACGUUCAUCACCUCCCUGGAUGGCUGCAGGACCCACAACUUUUUGCCUGGUCUUCACCUCAUCACAUAUCAGCAGCCUCGCAACGAUUCCCAGCCCGAUCGGGUCUCCAUAGUGCGCAGCACAACGAUCACCCUGAACCCCAGUACGGAAAUGGACGUGUCGCUGGUUUACAAGGGGUUCUUGUACCCCAUGUUGAGCCAAGGGGUUUCCCCCGAUAGAGUCUCUAUCUGGGCCCGCAUGCAGAGGUUCUACGUCAUCGCCCGGCUGGCACGGACUCCUAACACCCUCUCUAAUCUGGAAGAGGUAGGUCGAUGGUCUGUGCACCAGGAGAAGGAACAUCGCCCGCUACAGAGGAACAGCGGCGAGCGCCUCUUCCCUCUCUUGGAACGCGGGAGCCGCUACGCACUACAGAUCGAAGGCUACUUGAACAAUACUGGCAACGGGCACACGAGCGAGCUGAGCCUAACGUGGGACCGCACGGGCGUCCAUGGCGGAAGCGAGAUAUCCUUCCUCUUCCUGGAGCCUCAUCGGUCUGAUUUAUGCCCGGUGUACCCGUCUUGCUUGGCCUGCCUGGCCGACCAAAGCUGCGGCUGGUGUCCUCAGAGCCGCACGUGCCACCAUCGCGUCGUGGUCGACGGAGCCGAGCAAUGCCAAGAUAUACCUCUAAUUCUCUCUCCCAGCAACUGCCAGCUGUGCGAGGAAUAUCGCGAUUGCGAAGCUUGCACCAAGGAUCCAUAUUGCGAGUGGCAAAUACACAGCAGUAAGAAAGGCGACUCUUUGUGUAGCCGCAGAGGGCGAGUAAGCAGCUCCAUCCGGGCUCCCGAGAGCUGUCCCCGCGCCUGCAACCAACGCCGGUCCUGUUCGGAAUGUCUCUCGAACUCCAGUCACUGCGCAUGGUGCCAGUCUACCGGAAGCUGCUUUUACUUCGCAGCCUACCUGGCAAAGUACCCUUACGGCGACUGCCGCGAUUGGUAUGACAGCGUUCACUCGGUACCGCAGUGCAUGGACUGCUCGCGAUUUAACACGUGCCGGGAGUGCUUGCAGAACUUUGAAUGUGGCUGGUGCGGCAAUGUCGAUAAUCCCACGCUUGGCAGGUGUUACUCGGGCGAUUACUCAGGCAUGCGUGAAUAUUCUGGAUGCGCCGUGGCUCUGUCGCUGGCUGGACUCGCGGCGGUUUCGGAACCGGCUCAGUGGUCUUACGCCUCGUGUCCGGACGUCGACGAGUGCCGACUGGGGAUGGCCACCUGCCACCAGCACGCCACGUGCAAGAACACACUUGACUCGUACGAGUGUCACUGUGAUCGUGGCUACACAGGAGACGGCGUGGCUCACUGCAACCAAACGUGUUACAAUGAAUGCUCUCACGGGACUUGCAGUGGACCCCCGUCUUACUCCUGUCUGUGUGACCUCGGGUGGACUUCGGACCGCAUCGCUGUAAAUGAGAGUGGCGUGGAGUGCAGCGUGGACUGCGGGUGUCACUUCCACAGCACGUGCACUCACGGCCCCGGCACCUGCGAUGCCUGCCAGGAUUGGACCCAAGGUGAACAUUGCGAAGAGUGCAAGCCCGGAAGUUAUGGGAUAGCUACGGAGAAGCCCGGGUGCCAGGAAUGCGUGUGUAACAAGCACGGGAAAGCCGAGCUGGGAUAUUGUGACCGAGAGACGGGUGUCUGCUACUGUACUGACAAUACACAAGGAGAUCACUGCGACAAGUGUGCCCCGGGGUACUACGGAGACCCCAGGAACGGGGGGACGUGUUACUUAGAGUGCCAGGGCCGGCAGCUCAUCUCCAAUGUGUCCUCUUCCGCCCUGGGCUCUCCCGGCGGCUCGUACUGUCUGUGGGUGCUGAGCGUGUCUCAGCGACCCGAACCCUGCCACCCGGAGAGCGCGUGCCCGAGGCUCACGCUCAGUCUUCAGCCUGAUUUUAGCAUUCCGUGCACGCACAGCUACGUCUACGUAUUUGAUGGGAUUCCCGCGUUCUUGGACACUGGACUUUUACAGUCGGAUCGGAGUUUGCUAGGAGCCUUCUGUGGCCGAGGAAGAGGAGCAGAGCCGCUUACAGUAGAAGCAACUACGGGUCUCCUGGUCGUUUACUAUGAAGCCAACACCACUGAGCCAUCAGGGUUUAAUGCGACGUACACCGUGCAUCAUUGUAACCCUCCGUGCGGGCAGAAUCAGGUUUGCCAAGGGCAGACGUGUGUUUGCAGAAGCCCCUUGUCAGGUCCGAGCUGCCUGCGCACCGCGUGUCCGCGGAACUGCUCUGCCGAGGACGGAAGAGGCGUCUGCAACCGGACACUCGGCCUCUGCUUUUGCUUUCCUGGUUAUGCUGGCGAGGACUGUUCGAUUUAUUUGGACUCCGGGAAGAUUGUGUGGGAGAGUCUGAUGGACCCUCAGCUGACGGCGGACACGGCCAGUCGCUUCCUGCACCGAUUGGGCCAUACCAUGGUGGAGGGACCGGAUAAUACACUGUGGAUGUUUGGGGGCCUGUCACUUCGAGACGGCGUCCUGGGCAGUGUAUAUAGAUACUCUAUCUCAGAGAGACGUUGGACACAGAUGUUGGCCGGCACAGAAGGUGGAGGACCUGGUCCAAAUUCACGCUAUUUCCAUGCAGCUGCAUACAACAGCAUGCGCAACGCCAUGUAUGUGCUGGGGGGCCUUACGAGCAGCGGAGCAUCCAGUGACUUUUGGAUUUUAAACCUUACUACUCUCCAGUGGAGACGCGAGCCUGCCCCUCUGGUGCCACCCGUAGCUGGUCACACACUCACUCCUCGCCGUGGAUCCUCGCUGCUACUUAUCGGAGGAUAUUCCCCUGAGAAUGGCUUUAAUAACCGCGUGCUGGAGUACAACAUUGAAUUAGAGACCUGGAAGGUGGGACACCAGACGGGCACACCUCCCACAGGUCUGUAUGGCCAUUCGACUGUGUACCACGAGGCCACCGAUGCCUUCUACGUGUUUGGGGGACACCGUUUCCACGUAGAGGCUGUGACCCCAUCCCCUGAGCUCUACAGCUUAUAUUACCCCAACCUGACCUGGAGCCUGCUUGCCCCCUCUCAGGGGAGAAAGCCCUUGUCCCACUUCUUCCAUGUUGCGGCCGUGCUGAAAGACACCAUGAUUGUGGUUGGAGGUCGCACAGAACAUCAGGAAUACAGCAAUCAGGUUCUUUUUUACCAGAUCCACUGCAAUACCUGGAUCCGGCCGAACAGGACUGAAACGGUGGUGGGCAUCCCCAUGAAUGAGUCAAUAGGACACGCCAUUGCUGUGGUCGAUGGGCGCCUUUACAUCUCCGGAGGGUUUAACGGUGUUGCUCUGGGCCGCAUGGUGACGCUCUCCAUUCCUUCCGACCCUUGUAUGCUGUUUACCUCCGCCUCGGCCUGCAACCAGAGCGCCGGCAGCUGUGUCUGGUGUCAGCGCAGCUGCGUGUCUGCGGAUACCGCCGAGAGGCGUAGUUGCCCCAUGGCUUCCAGCUUGUGCUUCCCGCUGCCCCGAUCGGCUGAGGACUGCAGGAGACUGAAGACGUGCAGUGAGUGCUUAGCCCAGCACCCGCGCUCCAUGGGCGCACAGCUCGCGAUGGGGUCUCCUCGUUGCAAAUGGUGCACCAACUGCCCGGAGGGGGCCUGCAUCGGCAGCGAUGGGAGCUGCACGUCGGAAAACGACUGCCGCAUUAACCAGCGCGAGAUCUUCCUGGCCAGUAACUGCUCCGAGAUCUCGUGCGAGGCUUCUGAUUGCCACAAGUGCACCGCUUCUGGGAAGUGCAUGUGGACUCGGCAGUUUAAACGCACAGGAGAGACUCGUCGUAUUCUCAGCGUGCAGCCCACGUACGACUGGACGUGUUUCAGCCAUUCUCUGCUCAACGUGUCUCCGAUGCCAGUGGAAUCGUCUCCUCCUCUUCCGUGUCCCACUCCGUGUCACAACUACACCGCUUGCCACGACUGUCUGAGCUCCAAGGGGGCGGACGGAGGGUGGCAGCAGUGUGUAUGGAGUGUGGCCCUGAAGAAGUGCAUGAGUCCGACCUUCCUGCCGAUGCGCUGUGCCGCCGGGGCGUGUGGCAGGGUCCUCAGCGGCACGGAGAGCUGCUCGCCGUCCUGUUCCCGUCACACUCACUGUGCUGCCUGCAUCCAGCACCCGCGCUGUGGCUGGUGUGCCCGCAGAGGCGGUAACGGAGAGGGACAGUGCCUGGAAGGGGGGCUCAGCGGUCCUACUAAAGCUGUGAUGAGGGAGCAGUGCGCUUCCGCGGAGUCUCACUGGGCCUUCAUGUCCUGUCCUCCCGAGAACGAGUGUCUGAACCAGCACCACGACUGUAACGAGACCCAGAACUGCAGCGACCUGCCGGUCGGGUACAAGUGCACCUGUAAGAAAGGAUACCUGCUGCACAACGUGACCGGGCUGUGUCACCCUGUUUGCGAGCACGGCUGUGUAAACGGGACCUGCGUGGAACCCAACCAGUGUCACUGUGACUUUGGCUACGUCGGCGAGAACUGCUCGGUGGCCUGUCGGUGCAACAAGCACAGCAACUGUGCGGGGCUGGGCGCCGAGGACAAGUGUCUACAAUGUCACAACAACACCAUGGGAGAUCAUUGUGAGAAGUGCAAGCCCCUCUUCGUGGGUUCAGCUCUGAAUGGCGGAACGUGCAGACCCUGCCUGGAUUUCUGUCGGGGAAACAGCGAGGUUUGCAUGACCCGGGACGAACACAAGAAGGCCUUGAGAGAGCCCGAGCGAUACCCCCUGGAUCCCAAACUGAUCCCAGGAUGGGUGAGCCAGGGCCCGGCCGAGGACGCGGCGCUGUGCGUUCACUGUCAGAAUAACAGCUAUGGAGACAAAUGUGAAGGGUGUCUCCCAGGGUACUUCUUGCUGGAUAAGCACUGCACAAAAUGUCAGUGUAACGGGCAUGCAGAUACAUGCAAUGAGUUCGACGGGACCAACUGCCCUUGUAAUAACAACACGGAAAGUGCAAACUGCCAGAGCAGUCCCCAGAGCGACAGGAAAGACUGCUACAAACAUCAGUGUUCCAAGUGCAAAGACUCUUUCCACGGAACUCCUGUCAAUGGCCGACAGUGUUAUAGACUGAUGACCGUGGAGCAGGAGUACUGCUUUGACCCAACCUCGCAGAAUAACUGCUUUCACGAGCCCAACAUCCAGAAUCUGCCCUUCGGACGCACCGUCUUUUUUGGGGUCCAACCGAAAUUCACCAAUGUGGACAUCCGGGUCACCGUGGACGUUACCUUUGGCUGCGUGGAUGUGUACGUGUCCACGUCCGCCGAGAGCUUUGCCGUCGACGUGAACCCAUUCUCAGGAGUUCACUCUGUCCGCGUGUACAAGCUGACCGACCAUGAUGUGCACGGUGGCCCCGAGCCAUUAACCGCUUUUUCUAUCAACGGGAGCGUCGGCCAUGUAUCUGGGAAAGCGAAUUGGCUUCGAGAGGAACGUCCACGUGGGUUGAUCACCUACAUCACAGUUAGCAACGAGCAGACCGUGCUUAUUGUACGAGGGGUUAGAGACCGAGUGGUCAUCACGUAUCCCCAUGAGUUGCACACGCUUAAGAACAGCCGCUUCUACCUGCUGCUUCUCGGGAACACAUCUGAUGGGUUAGGAGAGUCUCAAGGCCUACUUUUCUUUCGUCAGGACCAAGCCCACAUUGACCUCUUUGUCUUCUUCUCGGUUUUCUUCAGCUGCUUCUUUCUCUUCCUCUCGGCCUGCGUCCUUCUCUGGAAGGUCAAGCAGUGGCUGGAUGUACGCAGGGAACAGAGGCGACACCUGCAGGAGAUGAGCAAGAUGGCCAGCCGACCUUUUGCCAAGUUAACCGUGUACUUUCAGCCUGACGUGGAGGUGUUGGGUGGAUGUCAUCAUCCAGGAGGACCAGUUUUGCCACCGCUCCAGCACCAUCACCACCACCAUCAUCACCACCACCACCGCUCAAAGCCCAGAGUCAAGUCGUAUGACCCCACCGGCCCACAGCCUCCCACUUUGCGUCACUCGGACCCUUUCCUAUCACAGUUAUUGGGAUACACGUACUCCAACUUCAGGGUAGGUCCUAUCACUCUUGAACCUACAGACGAUGGCAUGGCUGGCGUAGUCACGCUACUCUUGCAACUACCCGGUGGCGCCCAAGCACCCAACCGAGCAUGUUUGGGCUCUGCGUUAGUUACUUUGCGGCACAAUCUUCAGGAGUACUGUGGCCCAAGCCACGUCGUAAGCAGCUCCAGAAAGGGACUUCUCAGCCACGAGAACCUGACUAGCAUGUCCAUCUGAGGGGGGGGGGUGGUAUUUAUAGACUAUCCUGCAAAGGAAAAACGCCUUAUUAUUUAACAAUGGACAAAAAAAUGGACCUUAAUCAAUAUAUUCUAAAGACCGUUACAAACACAG